AUGUCUCUCCUGCGGAGUUUGUUUGCUGCGGCCGUGAAGGCUCCAUCCUCCGUAUCACGAGUGAGUCUCCCAGGAUUUUUAUUAAGUUGAAGUUAUUUAUGUCACCCCAUGAUUUACCCUACUAAAUUCGCUCACAUUCCGUCGCAACUUCGCUUCGGGAGACUUAAGUCUCCCUUCCCCUCCGACAAUGCUUGAGGAAGUGCUAGGAACUGGAGUUUCCAGCGCCACUUCGGGAGAACUUUCUGGUUUUACUUUUCGUUGUUUCAAAGUAUUUGAGCUGCGUCUCUAUCCGGCGUGUUCUGGAAAUGCGUUCCCUCGCCGAGGCGCCUAGUUGCGCAUUAGCAUUAAGCGGUCGCGAUUUAAGUUUAAAUCCCUUUCUUGUUGCACGUUAUCUUUUACGAUAUCGUGGUCGCUUUUAGUUUGCUUCCGGUUUACGCGCAGAAUAGCCCCGUCCACUCUGGUGGACGCGCGCCGGCGCACAGGUCCGUCUGAUGCUCUUGCUUCUUUGAGUAAUCACUCAAACUGGGCAGCUUCCGGGGUUAUUGGAGGUAGGGGCACUUUUCUUGCGUAAGUAAACGAUGCGUGGCUGUUGUGCCGUCCUCUACUUACGACGUUCCGCUCCUGACGUCCUAAUUUUGUCUUCAACUUCAUCACAUCACGCAUCACAUUGCUGUUAGUAUAUAGCUAUUUAGGUGAUGGAUGACUUCACCAUUUAGUGUCGGCAUUUUUCGUAUAUCUUUCUCGAACUAAACAUUCGCAUUUUAGGUCACCCCGGUCGCUAUCAAUGGAUGUAAACAUCUUUCAACGUCACACAAACUGCUCGCUCAGUCCCCUGAAUUUUCGAGCAUUUUGGAAGAACGAAUCCUUGGGCAGUCUCAGAAAAUUAAUUUAGAGGAGACCGGCCGCGUCUUGAGCAUCGGUGACGGUACAGCACGUGUAUACGGCCUUAAAAACAUCCAAGCUGAAGAGAUGGUAGAAUUUUCGUCCGGACUUAAGGUAUUUUUCAUGUGCUAAUUAAACAACUUCCUAGGGCAUGGCUCUCAACUUGGAACCGGACAACGUUGGUGUUGUCGUUUUUGGUAAUGACAAGUUGAUCAAGGAGGGUGACAUCGUUAAACGUGCUGGAGCCAUCGUUGACGUUCCGGUAGGAGAGGAGCUGCUUGGUCGUGUUGUGGAUGCCUUAGGUAAUCCGAUCGACGGCCUCGGUGCCAUAGCCACUAAGGCCCGCAGGAGAGUCGGUACCAAGGCCCCUGGCAUCAUACCGCGAACAUCAGUCAAGGAGCCUAUGCAGACCGGUAUGAAGGCCGUUGACAGCCUUGUUCCCAUCGGUCGCGGUCAGCGAGAGCUCAUCAUUGGUGAUCGUCAGACGGGAAAAACCGCCAUCGCCAUCGACACCAUUAUCAACCAAAAGCGCUUCAACGAAGGAGCCGACGAAAAGAAGAAACUUUAUUGCAUUUACGUUGCGAUCGGCCAGAAGAGGUCUACCGUUGCUCAGCUUGUAAAGAGGCUGACCGUUGCGGGUGCCAUGAAGUACACAAUCGUCGUUUCGGCGACUGCCUCUGACGCAGCGCCCCUUCAGUAUCUCGCGCCUUACUCUGGCUGUGCCAUGGGCGAGUACUUUCGCGACAACGGGAAGCACGCCCUCAUAAUCUACGACGACCUUUCCAAGCAGGCUGUUGCCUACCGUCAGAUGUCGUUGCUUCUGCGUCGCCCCCCAGGCCGAGAAGCGUACCCUGGUGAUGUCUUCUAUUUGCAUUCUCGCCUGUUAGAGCGUGCUGCCAAAAUGAACGACAGUUAUGGUGGUGGCUCACUUACCGCACUUCCGGUUAUCGAGACUCAGGUAUGUUUGGACGUUUUCGAAUUCACACUUCUUAGGCUGGUGAUGUGUCCGCAUACAUCCCUACCAAUGUGAUUUCUAUCACCGACGGACAAAUCUUUUUGGAGAGUGAACUGUUCUACAAGGGCAUCCGUCCGGCGAUUAACGUCGGUUUGUCUGUUAGCCGAGUCGGCUCUGCCGCUCAGACCAAGGCCAUGAAGCAGGUUGCCGGCCGUAUGAAGUUAGAGCUCGCUCAGUACCGGGAAGUUGCCGCCUUCGCUCAGUUCGGCUCCGACUUGGAUGCCAGCACACAAGCGCUCCUGAACCGUGGCGUUCGCCUGACCGAACUUUUGAAACAAAAUCAAUAUGGUAAGGUCUAAAACUUGGUGUAAUAUUUUCUCUAGUCCCUAUGUCCAUUGAGGAGCAAGUUGUCGUUAUCUACUCUGGCGUACGCGGUCAUCUUGACAAAAUGGACCCUGCCAAGAUCACAAAGUUCGAAAGCGAUUUCCUGAAGUACUUCUUGGCGAACCAUCAGGAUAUCUUGAAGACGCUCCGCGAAGUCGGCGAAAUCUCUCCCGAACUUGACGCCAAACUAAAGAAGAUUGUCACCGACUUCUUGGGUGGAUACCAGGCCUAA